UUAUUGUUGUUGUUUUGAUGAAGAUGAUGCUGCUGAUGCUGAUUUCUUCGCCCCUUCCAGACAGCCUGGCCGCCACGAGAAGAGGGCUGGGACCAGGACUUCCGAGGCGCCUCCGACCCAAUGAGAACCCGAGAACACUUCCGCCUGCGGCCGGGAGCCAAUCGGCUGUCCCCUCGCUUAUGACGUAGAUCCGUUUGGCUCUGAGAAGGAACUUCCCAGCGGUCCCCUUGGCCAAGGGAUGGGAUCAGAGAGCAGCAUUUUAAAGAGCUACACGCUAAAGGAGCCGCCUUUCUCCUUGCCCUCCGGACUCGCCGUUCACCCUGCCGUGCUGCAAGAUGGCAAGCUCGCUUCUGUGUUUGUGUACAAGAGAGAGAAUGAAGACAAGGUUAAUAAAGCUGCCAAGCACCUGAAGACCCUGCGUCACCCCUGCCUGGUCCGAUUCCUGUCCUGCACGGUCGAGGCGGACGGCAUCCACCUGGUCACCGAGCGAGUGCGGCCGCUGGAGGUGGCCCUGGGGACUCUGUCUUCGGCGGAGGUCUGUGCCGGCGUCUACGACGUCCUGCUGGCGCUCGUCUUCCUUCACGAGCGGGGAAACCUAACGCACAACAACGUCUGCCUGUCUUCUGUGUUCGUGAGUGAAGAUGGACACUGGAAGCUCGGGGGAAUGGAGACGGUGUGUAAGAUGUCCGAAGCCACCCCGGAGUUUCUGGGAAAGAUCAAGCCCGUGAGGGACCAAGCAGCCGUGCCUCCCGAAGAACUGGCCGCGGACUUCAAGACUCUGCCAGAGGCCCACGGCCACGCCCGCGACGCGUAUUCAUUUGGAAGGCUGGUGGAAGGUUUGCUCGCGACCGUAAGUGACCAGGUUUCAGCGGAUGUUCUCUCCAGCUUCGAGCACACCUUACAGUGCACCGUGCUGAGCCCCGAUCCCCAGCGUCGGCCAGGACUCCGCACCUUGCUGUCCCAUGACUUCUUCAGAAAUGAUUUCUUAGAAGUGGUGAACUUCCUGAGCAGUUUGACACUGAAGAGCGAGGAGGAGAAAACAGAGUUUUUCAAAUUCCUGCUGGACAGAGUGAGCUGCUUGUCGGAGGAGCUGAUAGCUUUGCGGCUGGUCCCGCUUCUGCUUAACCAGCUGGUAUUCGCCGAGCCGGUGGCCGUCAAGAGUUUCCUUCCUCACCUGCUGGGUCCCAAACAAGAUCCACUGGGCGAAAAGCAGAUGAGCCACUUGCUGUCGCCGGCUGUGUUCCAGGCGCGAGUGAUUCCGGUGCUGCUGAAGCUGUUCGAGGUCCACGAGGAGCACGUGCGCAUGGUGCUGCUGGCCCACAUCCAGGCCUACGCGGACUUCUGCACUCAAGACCAACUGAAAAACCUCAUCUUGCCGCAGGUGCUGCUGGGCCUGCGAGACACGAACGACUCCAUCGUGGCCAUAACCCUGCACAGCCUGGCCGUGCUGGUGUCUCUGCUCGGCCCUGACGUCGUGGUGGGAGGAGAAAGAAGCAAGAUUUUCAAACGCACCGCGCCAGGCUUCAGCAAGGCGACGGACUUUUCCCCGGAAGGCUCUCCCAAUCACGUCGUCCACAGUCAGCGAGCUCAGGCCUCGUCUCUUCCCGACAACCCACCCCCCAAGCAGGAAGACUGCCUCCCACUCCCACCAACAGGUGGGCGGAUCCCUCAGGCCCCCGAGCCAACCGUGAAUGGCAUUCUGGGCAGCAGUGGGAACUUCCCAGCCAGUUCGGCGCGGCCGGCGGAAGAGUGGCCCGACUGGAACGAGCCCGAGGAAGAGACCGUCGGCAUCCAGAUGUGGCCGGUGGGCCGGCAGCCCUGGGACCAGCGGGAGCCCGACGCCCCUCCGAGCCCCACCCGGCCGGGAAAGGAGAAGCCAGAGCCUACUGUGCCGCCGCUGCUUCAGGAGUCCAAAAGUGUAAAACCGAGCCCCCCGCCGCGGUCCGAUUCCGGGGGCGGCCACACCAAGUCCCUCAAGUUCCCCGCCGAGUCGGGGUUAGGAGAGGAGUUCACCAUCCAGGUGAAGAGGAAACCCGUGCGUGAUCCGGAGCUGGACUGGUUUGCUGACAUGAUCCCAGACAUUAAACCCUCGGCGGCUGUCCGGCUCCUGCCCGAUCCGAGCUCAGAGAUGCCGGUUCCCGGCCGAGCGGACUCUCCACCCACGGCUCAGUUUUCCUCCAAAUUCGCUGCAGUUGAAGUCGCUGAGGCCGAGGCCGGAGGCUGGGGAGAAGAUGGGGAACUCACCUGGGAAGAUGACAGUAGCUGGUGACGGCUCGUGUAAACCGAUGGGACAACGGUGACUAAGUCAUUUACUUCCUUGAUCUUAUGGAUUACCUCAACCAGUAGGCGCUUAGCACGGGGCGGGGCGGGAGUGGCCCAAACGUUAUUUUUCCUGUACCAGGAAGCCUUUCUUUCCCCCAGGCUGUCCCGGCGGCCGUGAGCUCUGUGCUAAAAAAGCCAUAGAUGUGGACAUGAGGUUCCCCCACUGGAUUCCGGGAGGAAAGGCCUGAAUCCAAGUGGCAGCAAAGAUUACGCCUCAGGAAAACGAAAAUCUGAAUUGGCCGACUUACCCACUGUUCACUGUGCCGCUUGUCUGCAUUCAACAGAGCCCCACUGUUCAAAACUUCCAGAGGGGUUUGCAGACUUCUGACCCGGGAAAAGAUUAUCAGGACGACUGACUCUGGACUUAUUUAUUUGUUUACGCACGUGGUCCUGGGGUCGAGAGGCCCGUUCCACACCAUCCACCUGUCUCUAAAUAUGUCCAAUAAAGAUUAUUUUCAUGAGAUGAA